GUUCAAAUAAACCAAGAUGACCAUCCCCUCUUUGGGGGCAAAGGGUUUUUAGGAGGUUUUAAGCAGGCAUUGGAGUUACCCUUUUUCUUUCCAAUUGAGCAAGGAAAGCAUCAACCCUCCUCAUUACCAAUUCUCAAAACCCAACAUGUCCUCUUCAGAUCCUGAAACCCAAGAAGAGCCGAAACCCUCUUUUGAUGAUCCAGAAUCAAAAGAAGCCACAGAGCCAUUCACUUCAACAAAAACCCUUGAAGAAACAGACCAAACAAACGCACCCAUGAGUGAAAAUCAAAAAGAGGAGGAAGAGGACGAGGAAGAGGAAGGAGAGUGUGGGUUCUGUUUGUUCAUGAAAGGAGGAGGUUGCAAAGAUGCGUUCAUAGCAUGGGAAGAUUGUAUUAAGCAAGCGGAGGAAAAGAAUGAAGAUAUUGUGGAAAAAUGUUUUGAAGUUACUAGCGCGUUGAAGUUGUGUAUGGAGGCUCAUGCUGAUUAUUAUGAGCCCAUUUUAAAGGCUGAGAAGGCUGCAGAACAAGAGGCUGUUAAGCAGUUGGAGAAGGAAAAGGAGGAGGAAGCUGCUGCUGCAGCUGAAAAAUCAGAGUCUCAUGAGAAAGAAAAGUGAGAUUUUUUUUUUUGUUAUUUUUUAUUUAACAAAAGAAAAGGAGAGAACUUUGAGAUUUAACUUUGUCACCGACGAGGGAUAAUCGGAUUAAAGCUAAUUAUUUGAUCAUGCGACAUGAAGAUGUGUUGAGGGUAUGUUGUUAAUUUCUACGAGGAAUAAAUGGAUUGUGAUUAUUCACUUGAAUUUUCAUUCAUUUUUUUUAUAUUGAGAUAAUCACAUGUUUUUGGCUA